AUGUCUUCUCUCCCUUUCAGAUAUCACCUUCUCAAACUCCUUCAGAAGUUUGGCAAAGUAAAGCAGUUUGACUUUCUCUUUCACAAGUCUGGUGCUCUGGAGGGGCAGCCAAGGGGUUACUGUUUUGUCAACUUUGAAACCAAACAGGAAGCAGAAAAGGCGAUCCAGUGUCUCAAUGGGAAGCUGGCCCUUUCCAAGAAACUGGUGGUGCGGUGGGCACACGCACAAGUCAAGAGAUAUGAUCACAAUAAAAAUGAGAAGAUCCUUCCAAUCAGUCUGGAGCCAUCGUCCAGCACGGAGCCACCUCAGUCUAACCUAAGUGUCAGUGCAAAAAUAAAAGCCAUUGAAGCCAAGCUGAAAAUGAUGGCAGAAAAUCCAGAUGCGGAAUACCCAGCAGCACCUGUUUAUUCUUACUUCAAACCACCGGAUAAGAAAAGGACUACUCCUUAUUCCAGAGCUGCCUGGAAAUCUAGAAGAUGAUGCUUGGGAAUCCAUAAUGGUAGCAAAAACCACUGCUUUGUAUACCUGGAGUCCUCCAAUGCUUUUUGUACUUUGUAGAGUGGGAAGGACGCUGCCACCUGAGCACAACUCUGCCGCUCUACAGAGCAGAGUGUUUUGUGACACCUGAGGUGGGCUGCUGGACACUCCUUACUGCCAGGGCUGCUGUGCAGAACAGUAGGUUCCCUUCAAAGCCUCUGAUGAAUACACAGACAACCUCUUGUUAGUGUGCAUUCAUUAACAAGAUUAGAAACGGUAACCAGUGUAUGGAGGAAAGCACAUCCAAAAAUACUCCAUUUAACUGAUUAUUUUUUAAAGGCUUUUUGAACAAAAAGUAUUUGGAUUUGUGUUUUUAAUGGAAGGGAAGCACUUGGUUUUGAUUAACAUUCUGUAGUUACCGUGGAAAACUUUUUCUCAUCUCAAUAAAACUCAUUUUAAAUAGGUUUUUUGCAACA